AUGAGAAAAAAUUAGGAUAACGAAGCUGAAGAUAACAUUUAUCUUUAAUAUUAAAGUGUUGACAUAUCAAAGAAAUGUGUUAAAUUAGAAAAUUGUGGUGAAGGUGGAUUUGGAACUGUUGAUGCAUAUUAUGACAAUAAUCUAUAAAAAGUAAUAGCGGUUAAGACAGUAAGCAGAAAGACAACUUAUCUUUAAGAAAAACGAAGGCUUAUCAAUUUAAAAAAAUAACAAUUAGAUUUUGUUAAUAAUUUAAUUGGAUUUUGUGAUCAAGAGAGAAUACUGGUCUUUGAAUUAGGAGAAGCUACUCUAUUAGAAAUAGAUGAUAUGUUUUAAGAUGACGGAUAUACAUGGAGAGAGAUUGAUUUAAUUUAUAUAGCUUGGAAUUUACUGGUUGGACUAAAAUAUCUUAGAGAAAUAAAGAGUUUUCAUGGUGAUAUAUCUCCGAAUAAUAUAAUGUUUUUCAUGGAGAAAGUAAAAUACAUUGAUUUAGGUUCUUCAGAAAUCAAUAAAAACAACCAAUAUUUGCAAUAGUACAAAAUAGAAUUUGUAAAUCAUGAAAUUAGAAAAAACAAAGCUAAUUUCAAAUAUAGUGAUGAAUAAAUUACUUAAAAUGAAAUUUUUGCACUAGGAAAAACUUUGCUGUAUCUUGCUCUUUAUAAUGAUAAUGAUAAAAACCAUUUUAUAAUGGAUGUAGACAAGAAAUCACAAAAAUAAUUAAUUGAAAUGUAAAAAGCUCAUUUUUAUGAACUUGUAGCUAAUGACAGUCUAUCAAAUAGCUAUCCUUAGCUUAAAAAUUUGAUAAUUAAAAUGAUGUAUCCUUUUGAUAUUGAUUUAAAUGACAUAGAUUAAAAUUUAAGUUAAUCAGAAGACAAGGAAGAUUCAAUUAAAUUCAAAGAGCCAUUAAAGGUUAAAAAGUUAAAAAAAGAUGAAUCAAUUAUUGAGAGGAAAGAAAGCAACAAAAGAUUUUAAAAGGUUUAAGGUUAAAUGAGUGUAGAAGAAGAAGGAGAAGAUUAAGAAGAAUAAAAAAUAGAAUUUAAUUAAAAAACUAUAGAAAUUUAAACUCAUGAAAAUAAUAACUAAACAGUAGAGCUAGGUACAGUGUAAUUAAAAACAUAAGGAGAUAAAAUGGAAUACGAAGAAGAUUAGGAUUUAAAUGAUAAAUUCUGUGAAGAUUACGAUGAUGAUGAAGAAGAGGAUGAAGAUUUUGAAAUUGAUGAAUAUUAAAUCAAAAAUGGGAAAAAAAGAUAAGCAGUUCAAAAAAAGAAGCCCUCUAAUAAUAUUGAUAGCGUAUUAGAUGAAAUAAUAUAGCACCUAGAGCAGAUACUCUCAAAGAAAUAUUAAAAUAAAGCAAAUUUCUCAAAGGUUAUUGAAGAGAAUGAAUAAAUAAGAGUAGCUCUAUUUAAAAUUAGGUAAAAAAGAAUAGAUGAACUUUUAGAAAAGCAUGAUGAUCCUUAGCGUGAAUUGGUUUAUCUUUCCACUAUGAGUGCAGAAGACUGGAGAAAGGAAGUGGCCUAAAGCAUGAUUUAAGAUAUCCUUAAUUCUUAGAGGAAUCAGUCUGUCAGAAAAGAAAGCAUUUAAAAAAUGAUUCAUGAAAAAAUAUUAAGAAUUUAGAUGAGAAUUCUAGACAAGAAAGUAGAAAUUGAAGAUAGUUUUAUAGAUGCCAUAAAACACCUUUAUGCAAUUUGCAAAAACAAUAAAGAAUAUCAUUCACUGAUAGAAUGUAAUUACACACUAUUCUUAAUCUAUUCAUUCUUAAAGCUCUCAGAUGAUGCUUAAAAGUAGCUUUCACUUGCAGAAGAAAAGAGUAAUUUUGCAGACAAGUAUAUAAACACAUUAACCAGAAACAAGAUAAAAGAUUCCUCUGAUGAAAAUAUGAAUACAAUACGUUUUUAUGUAGAAGAAUAGCUUAAUGAGUUAAGAAACAAUAAUUAUGAUAUUAUUUAUUGA